AUGGCGGCGGGCCGCUGUGGUGGUGGCGAUAGGCCGUGUACGAAAAAUGCGACCGAUUCUGGUUUCCUGGGGCUGAGGGCCACUUCAAUAGAUCCAGCGCUAAGGCGGCGACGGCGAGGCCCACGCAAUAAGAAGCGGGGCUGGCGGCGACUCGCUCAGGAGCCUCUGGGGCUGGAGGUAGAUCAGUUCCUGGAGGACGUACGGCUGCAAGAGCGCACGGCUGGGUGCUUGGUGUCAGAGGCUCCCGAUGAAAAACUUUUCUUUGUGGACACUGGCCCCAACAAGAAAGAGCUGAAGAAGAAGAGGACCAAAGGCCAGAAGUCGCUGCUUCUCAAGAAACCCCUCCGGAUCGACCUCACUCUAGAGAACUCAUCCGCAGUCCCCGUUCCCAAAGACAUCCUUGCCCAUCAGGUCCCCAACGCCAAGAAGCUCAAGCGAAAGCAGCAGCUAUGGGAGAGGCUAACCAAGCAGGGCGAGCUGCCUCGCGAGGUGCGGAGAGCCCAGGCCCGGCUUCGCCAGCCCCCUGCUGCCAAAGCCAAGCCUGGACCCCAGGACACAGUGGAGCAGCCCUUCUAUGACAUCUGGGCCUCAGACAACCCUCUGGACCGCCCACUGGUUGGCCAGGACACGUUCUUCCUGGAGCAGACCAAGAAGAAAGGAGUCAAGCGGCCGCCACGGCUCCUCACCAAGCCCUCCCAGGCACCUGCUCUAGAAGUGACUCCUGCCGGUGCCUCUUAUAACCCAGCCUUUGAGGACCACCAGGCCCUGCUCCGGGAGGCCCAUGAGGUGGAGGUACAGCGGCAGAAGGUGGCGGAGAAGCUGGAGAGGCAGCUGGCCUUGCCCAGCGCUGAGAAGGUGGCCACCCAGGAGUCCACGUUUCAGGAGAUGUGUGAGGGGCUGCUGGAAGAGUCGGAUGGGGAAGAGGAGCUAGGGGGCAGCCAGGGACCUGAGCUUGGAGGAGACCAGACCUCGUCCACACCCGCCCGCCAGGCCAGGGCUGAGAAGAAGACGGAGCAACAGCGACGCCGGGAGAAGACUGCCCGGACCCUGCUGGCACAGAGGGCUGCUCAGAGGGCUGCCCAGCUCCGGCACCAGGAGCUCUUCCGGCUGCGAGGGAUCAAGGCCCAGGUGGCACGGCGGCUGGCAGACCUGGCAAGGCGACGGGAGCAGCGGAGGCUGCAGCGACUGGCUGAGGCUGACAAGCCCCGAAGGCUGGGGCGACUCAAGUAUCAGGCCCCCGACAUUGACGUGCAGCUGAGUUCAGAACUGUCGGACUCACUUCGGACCCUGAAGCCUGAGGGCAACAUCCUUCGAGACCAGUUCAAGAGCUUCCAGAGAAGGAACAUGAUCGAGCCCCGGGAGAGAGCCAAGUUCAAGCGCAAGUACAAAGUGAAGUUGGUGGAGAAGCGUGCCUUCCGAGAGAUCCAGUGA